UCUUAUAUCUCUCUUCUCGUUUCUCUCACAUUCUCUCUUUCUCUCUCUUCAGUUUUUCACUUUCUUUUCCUACCCAACUACGUUUUCUCUUCCUCUAGAUCCAACCACCAACAAUCACUUCUCGUUUAUUCAAUCUAUCUCUCAAAUCACCACUCUCAUCAGGUCUUGUCUCCAAUUUCUCUCUCUAUGCCAUUCCCUCAGUUGGGAAGGGUGUACUGGAGUCGGAGUGUUGGUUUUGGUCGCAAAUUUAUUAACAGUAUUGCAGACCUGUUGGCCUUUUCAGGAUGGGAGAGUGCAAGUGUUGUGGUAAGUUAGGAAGAAUGGGGCCAAGGGAUGGAUCUAAGAGUGCUUAUGAAUUUUCUUUGAUGUUGUCUCCUGUCGUUUCUUUCUGGGAUUGCAUAGUUCGUAAAAUGAGGUAUUCCUACAGACCUGAGUGGGUGUAGUGGUUGGUAAUUUUCAUUAGUACUAGUCUUGAUACUUCAACUAAUUAGAAUUUAUUAUUAGCAUAAUAGUUUAGGGGAUUAAAGUUAUAGAAAAUGUAUACAACUCUAUAGGAGUUUGCUUGAAGAAUAGGGUUUCAGAACAAUCAUUUUAAGUAUUUAUGUCGUUAUUAAGUUCAAUGGAUAACAUGGCAUGUAAUAAAGGGCAACAACAUGCGAGAAAGACAAAGAAGAAGCAGGUGAAAGAUGAGUUGGAUCGUCUCAAACAAGCUGAAAAGAAAAAGAGACGGUUGGAAAAGGCUCUGGCUACUUCUGCUGCCAUCAUAUCGGAACUGGAAAAAAAGAAACAGAAAAAGAAAGAAGAGCAACAGAGACUUGAUGAAGAGGGUGCUGCAAUUGCGGAAGCCGUCGCUCUGCAUGUUCUACUUGAUGAAGACUCAGAUGAUUCAUAUAAGGUUGAGUGCAAGACCUGGGAUGAUUAUAAUAAUAAUCUUGAUUUCUUCAUGAGUGGGAAAAGAGCUUGCUUUCCUAAUCUAGAUGGUAGCACAUGGUCCGUCACUUCCCAAAACGGCAAGUGGUCUAUCUCUUCCGGACCGUUCGAAAACAAUGCACACGAACCACUUUACGAAGCAGGAUGGGAUCCUACAAGAUUCUCUGUUGAUCUUAUAGCAGCACAAGCAGUUAGAUCGCUCCACAUUGCAGAGAAUGCUGAUGAUGAUAGGAUUCUCUUCUGAUGGAAUGCUUGAAUGUCGGAUUAGUCGUCUAUUUGCUGGUGACUUGAGUCUUUUGUUACUUCACUGGAGGUCUUUCAUGUGUAUAUAACUAUAUUUUAUAUUAUAUAUUGUGAGUCUUGUGUUUGUCAAACAACACAUUCUGCUUGAGCUGUGAUUUGAACAAUUUGGCAGUGUCACCAUGUUUUAUUCUGAUUUUAUUUACCUGUGCCUGCUAAUUUUCUACGUGGAGUGAUGACUUUCAUACUCGAAUAUUUGUAGGGAACUAUACUUUUUUUUGAGCUGAUUAUUAAUGACAAUAAUAUAAGUGGAGGCCUCAUGAUUUAUAUA